UCUGCUUUAACGAUGGGCCGCCGUCCUGCUCGUUGCUAUAGAUAUUGCAAGAACAAACCAUAUCCAAAAUCACGCUUCUGCCGAGGUGUCCCUGAUGCAAAGAUACGAAUCUUCGAUUUAGGUCGAAAAAAGGCAAAAGUAGAUGAGUUCCCACUCUGUGGCCACAUGGUGUCUGAUGAAUAUGAACAACUAUCUUCUGAAGCUUUGGAAGCUGCGCGAAUCUGUGCAAACAAAUAUAUGGUGAAGAGUUGUGGCAAAGAUGGCUUCCACAUUCGUGUUCGACUGCACCCUUUCCAUGUUAUUCGAAUCAACAAAAUGUUGUCUUGUGCUGGUGCUGAUAGGCUUCAGACAGGCAUGCGGGGUGCCUUUGGUAAACCUCAGGGUACUGUUGCUCGGGUACAUAUAGGACAGGUGAUCAUGUCUAUUCGUACCAAAGUCCAGAACAAGGAACAUGUGAUUGAGGCUUUGCGCAGGGCUAAGUUUAAGUUUCCUGGACGCCAGAAGAUCCAUAUCUCAAAGAAGUGGGGCUUCACCAAGUUUAAUGCUGAUGAAUUUGAGGAGAUGGUAGCUGAGAAAUGUCUCAUUCCUGAUGGCUGUGGGGUCAAGUAUAUCCCCCACCGUGGUGCAUUGGAUAAAUGGCGAGCAUUUCACUCAUUGUAAAGGGAAAGGAUCCAAUGUAUUAGUUAUCCUUGUUUGUCUUCAUCUUAAUUGCAAAUAAAUCUGAGUUGGUUUAGCUAA